UCCACCGCUUCAUUUAGUGCCGGAUUGGGACUUUUGACGAUGUCGACCCCACCGCUAGCACAGCGUACCGGAAGCUGCAGCGAAUACAAACCUGAAUGCAUUGGCCAACCCCAGAAAGCACUUCUCUACACAGCGGUGCCUUUAAUAGCAUUCGGACUUGCUGGAAAUUUGACUUGUUGCAGCACAUUCAUCGCGGAGAGAGCCAACACCACUGGACAAACCAAUGUUACCUGGAAAAAUUGUGUGUGGUUCGUUUACGGUGAUUUACCACGUCUCGUAGUCACUCUCGUUGCAGUCUUAGGGCUCCCUUACGUUAAUCCAUGGUCCCUACGGUUCGGUAUUCCUGCGAUAUGCACUCUUGUCGCAACUCUCUUGUUUUUCAGUACCUUGUGUUCGUACAAGAAUAGUUCAAAGGCAAACGGAAGCCCUUUGACGAUUCUCUUUCGAGUGUUUGUGGCCGCCUUUUCCAAGUUGUUUUACAGAAUCCCCACAGACCCGAAGGACCUAUUCGAGAUCCAAAAUCCUCAACGUUAUUCGGUUCCCCAUACGAUGAGCCUGAGGUGUUUGGACAAGGCAGCAAUUGUAACACCUACAAAAACUCUAGAGGAACAAGAGAAGAAUACAUGGAGGCUUUGUAGGGUUACAGAAGUGGAGGAGACGAAAAAAGUGGUGCGCAUGGUUCCUCUGUGGACGACUUUCAUCCUAUGUGGCGUUGUAAAAGCCGUCGGAUAUACCUACUUCAUCGAGCAAUUAAAUCACAUGAACCCAAAAGUUGGGCGCCUCAAGGUUCCCCUCGUAGUCAUUAUUUGGUUAUACGAGCAAGCCAAAUUAAAAUUCGCGGAACUAUCUUCCGUUGUUUUCAUUACUUGUUUAGGUUUGAAAAAACCUGCAGCGCCUACGUUCGGGAUAGCGGCAUCGAUGAUACUCGCGAUACUUUGCUGCAUAACUGCCGCUAAAGUUGAGAGUCGGAGGCUUGGAGUGGUUCAAAUGCACGGUUUGGUCGAUAAGCACGACGAAAGAGUGCCUAUGACUAUGUUUUGGUUGCUUCCUCAGUUUCUUCUGCUCGGGGCGUUUGAGGGGGUUUUCAACUCGAGCGCCGGUUUCUUCUUCGUUGACCUAUCGUCGAUGCAGAGGUUCCUUAGCCUAUCCCCUGGCUCGAUCCAGAGGUUCGUUGACCAAUCACAAGUCUCGAUGCAGAGGUACUUGGGGUUUUUCCUUAGCGGAGUGUGGGGUGUCGGUAUUCUCGGGAGCAUUUUGUCGGUUUACGUUGUAGGGAAGAUAAGUGAAAAGGGAGGGAAACAAAUGAAUUGGUUUCAACAUGAUUUGAAUCAAAGUAGGCUUGAUAAGUAUUACUGGACAUUGGCUUGGCUGAUGGCGGUUAAUCUUGUUGUGUUUAUAGUUGUGGCGGUUAUUUACCGUUACAAGGAAUCAAAGUUGAAAGAUGAAGAAUUAGGUGACGUGGGGUUUGAUAAUGUUAACGUCACCCGCACAUUCACCCUCAACUGCUGCUGCUGGAAUUAUGAAUAUAAUUAUUAAGGAUUUGGAACCCCCUAAUUAAUAUAUUUACUCUCUGUGAAUAAGAGUACAAUAAUGUAAUUA